UCCAGCACGGCAGGGCUGCAGCUCUGCUUGGCACCGACAGGCUUCAGAUCAGCGUUGUAUUUUUAGGAAUGCAAUCGGACUUAUCGCGCUGAUCCAGGGGGGGAGUUUGCUUGUCUGACCGCCUUUAUUUAAGCCUGUUUUUACCUUGCCUUUAAGAUGAAGUUAAAUACAAGCUGCAGACAGGUGCAAGCCGCAUCCGAUGGAGCCCUGCUUUUCAUCUCGUUCAUCGACCAACCCGAUGCCUCACUUCCUUAUGUUGCGGUCCCAGCUGACAGAUUCUGAUAUGGACUAUGAGAGGCCAAACGUUGAGACUAUCAAGUGUGUUGUGGUGGGAGACAAUGCAGUUGGAAAGACCCGCCUCAUCUGCGCCCGGGCCUGCAAUGCUACGCUGACUCAGUACCAGUUACUGGCUACACAUGUGCCCACAGUAUGGGCCAUCGACCAGUACAGAGUAUGCCAGGAGGUAUUAGAGCGCUCCAGAGAUGUGGUGGAUGAUGUCAGCGUGUCCCUUCGUCUCUGGGAUACUUUUGGAGACCAUCACAAGGACCGGCGUUUUGCAUACGGCCGGUCUGAUGUGGUGGUUCUGUGCUUCUCAAUUGCCAACCCGAACUCUCUAUACCAUGUGAAGACCAUGUGGUACCCUGAGAUCAAGCACUUCUGCCCCCGUGCUCCUGUCAUCUUGGUGGGCUGUCAGCUGGACCUGCGCUAUGCAGACCUGGAGGCAGUGAACAGGGCACGGAGGCCCUUAGCUCGACCCAUUAAAUCCAAUGAGAUUCUUCCUCCAGAGAGAGGCCGGGAGGUGGCCAAAGAGCUGGGAGUGCCAUAUUAUGAAACCAGUGUUGUUGCUCAAUUCGGAGUCAAGGACGUCUUUGAUAAUGCUAUACGAGCUGCGCUCAUCUCACGCCGACACCUGCAGUUUUGGAAAUCUCACCUCAGAAAUGUACAGCGGCCUCUUCUUCAGGCACCCUUCCUGCCACCAAAACCUCCCCCACCUAUAAUCACUGUGCCUCCUCCCCCAACCACCACAGAGGAGCAUCCUGUCGGUCUCCUCGAGGACCCACACUGUGCUGACGUCAUCCUGAUCCUGCAGGAGCGACAGAAAAUCUUUGCACAUAAGAUAUACUUGUCGACAUCCUCUUCAAAGUUCUAUGACCUCUUUAUCAUGGACGCACAUAGCGAGGAGACUGAAAGGCCCUCUCGUGGUCCUCUCUCCGGUAGAGAGCUGCUGAUGCGUGCUGCUAGCUUUGAUGUUUGCGAAAGCAGCGACGACGGAGACAGGGCCAACCUGAGGGCCUGCACUAGUGAUGGGACGUUAAAAGAUUUUGACGCGGGGCGACGGGGCAGACUCCUCUCUUCGUGGAGCCGAGCCUUCGUCAGCAUCCAGGAGGAGGUGGUAGACGACCCUGUCUCAUACAGCCCCAGGCCCAUAACAGUAGUGCACAUGGACCAGUCCAUGCAGCUCGGGCCUUUCCGAGCAGUGCUUCGCUACCUGUACACAGGUCAGCUGGACGAGAAUGAGAAGGAGCUAAUGCACAUUGCACACAUUGCUGAGCUGCUGGAGGUGUUUGACCUGCGGAUGAUGGUGGCAAACAUACUAAACAAUGAAGCCUUCAUGAACCAAGAAAUCACCAAAGCCUUCCAUGUACGGCGCACAAACAGAGUCAAAGAGUGCUUGGCCAAAGGGACAUUUUCUGAUGUAGUAUUCAAGCUAGAUGAUGGGACUAUCAUGGCCCACAAGCCUUUGCUCAUCUCUAGUUGUGAUUGGAUGGCAGCUAUGUUUGGCGGGCCUUUUGUGGAGAGCUGCACAAAAGAGGUGCUGUUUCCAAACACGACUCGCAGCUGCAUGAGGGCUGUGCUGGAGUAUCUCUACACGGGGCGGUUUUGUUCCCGUACUGACUUGGAUGCAAUGGAGCUCAUUGUUCUCGCCAAUCGUCUCUGCCUCCCCCACCUGGUUGCACUUACAGAGCUCUACACAGUAACAGUAUUUACAGAGGCGGCGAUGAUGGGGGCUGACAUUGAUGGAGAUGUGCUGGUGUACUUGGACAUGGCCCAGUUCCACGGCGCCCAACAGCUCACUGGCUGGUGUCUUCACCACAUCUGUACCAACUACAACAGUGUCUGCCGCAAGUUCCCCCGAGAGAUGAAGUCCAAGUCUACAGAGAACCAAGAUUACUUUGAGAAACAUCGCUGGCCACCAGUGUGGUUCCUGAAAGAGGACGACCACUACCAAAGAGCCCGCAAAGAGCGCGACAAGGAGGACUACCUGUACCAGAGACGGCAGUGUAAACGCAAGUGGCUCUUCUGGAACCUUCCCUCCUCCCCUAACUCACACUCUCCUUCUGGCUCCUCCGCUGUCAUCUGACCAAGUGGGUAAGGCCAGGUCCACUCUGAAGGACAUCAGUGUGGAUGUGGGUUGUAAAAGAUACACUAGAAGAUAAGCACUGCUGGCUAGCUACGCCCCAAUUAUUCAGGCUCCCAGUCCCUGUUUGUUUGCCUCUGCAGUCAAACAGCUCUCCUCCAGAUCUGCAAGGUCAGCCCAAUCUGGCGUUGAAAGUAAUGAGUUUUGUUCCUUUAGAUUUUUAGACUCGGUGAUAUGAAUCUCGUUGACAAAUGGCACAGUUUAACUGGUGCAAGUAACAACUCAAACAGACUGUUCCACCUCCUGAGUUUUAAGUUUUAAAAACAGGACUCUGCUGGCACAGAACUUUCCACCGAUGAUCAUAACCAUCAUCAACCAACCUGAACUGAUAACUAAGUGCUGCUUAUCAGCUGCAACAACCAGCAAAUCAACACAGAACUCCUCCGUCUCAGAGAUAUAACACUUUGCCCUUAAGUGUUUGUACAAUCUAACAAACUAUGUGUACAGUAUGAUCUUAUCAACAGGAUGUAAGGACAGUAUGGUCUGACAGGAAUCAAUUAUUAAAGUCAUUCACUCUAACCAUGCUGAUUAUGAUCGUGUAAGCAUAAAGGAAAAAUACUGGCAAGCUGCUCCUCUUUAUUUGUGUACAGUCAUUGUAUCAGAUUUUUGUGCACGGCUUGCACAGCUUAAAGUGGGGUGACUAUAGAUCAGCAUUAACGUAUUGUGAUCUUGGGAUUUGUGGCUUUCUUGUCAAACAAAGAGGCUUUAGUUUACAUGAAUGAUUCAUUGUCCUGAGACACAAGAGAUCCCGAAUCAAGCAUAGGCAAUUUCUGCAAAAUGCCAGCAAUUACAGACCUAUGCUUGAUUAUGCUUUCUAGCACACAUUUCCUCCGUUUUACAUUGAAUGAUUCCAUCAUCUUGAUCACUGUCAUCCUGGAAAGCAACACAUACUCCAUCUCUGGGCUAAAGGCAGCAUUUCCAGAGCUGAAGCCACCACAUGUUCAUCAUGUGCACCAUCCCUCUGUGAUGGUGUGUUUGACAUGUCACUGCUGGUGAUUUGGCUUCUGGAGAUUUCCUUUCUUAGUGGAUCAGAAGAUGCCCACUGACUGCCUGCAGCUGGCUGUGUAAGACUUGUGCAUUCAGGAGGCUUCCUCAUGUCUGGGUGCAGUAAUCCAUACUCUUCUGCACACCUGCAGCACUUUUUCUGACUCUUCUCCACAGAGACACACACAAGAACCUCCAGUAGCAGCAUCCUGUUGAACGGCACCUAAAGACAGUAUGGUGUCAUGAAACACUGCUGCAAAUUUAAAAAAGGGAACUUUGGAGGAUACCAAACUAUGAUAUUUCAAAUGAUUUUUAAAAAGCAUGUGAAGAGUUUUAAAUCAAAUCAUGUUUCUUGAUUUGCUUUGCACACCUCACAGUAUGCGUUCAAGAUUGUCAUCUGUUGAUUGUACCUGAUUGUAGGAUGGUUUGCAGUGUUAAACAACGUGCUCAGUGAAGAUGAUUAGUAUUGUAAAUUGUACAAAAUAUUAGACCAACUGCAAAUAACUUGCAUAACUCAAAUGUGCUGUUAUUUAAUAUUGUGCACUGCAGGCAGUGAGCAGAAUUGUACAGUAUUACUGAGUAAUACAUAUACUAAAUAUAGACUUGACUUGCAUUCAGUUACAGUGCAGCUACAAACUGUGGGAAAUAAGUGGAUACCUGUUUUGCUGACCUCCUGAUACAUUUGUUAUAUAAUGUAGGUGUAUUACAGGCAGUUUAGAUGACUAAUAAUAAACUAGGAUUACAGUUAAAAGUAUUGUAGAAAAAUGAAUAAUAUAAUGACUUAUGGCACAUCCAUAAAACAUGCCAUUGUUAUAAAAAAGUAUACUCUGAUGGCAGCAUAUAUUAAAGAAAGGUUAGCUUUAAUCCUGCAUAUGAUUGGUUAGACUUCUCCAUACAGUUUUUGUACUAUACCAAAAUGUAGAGCCCGGCAAAACGAAAUAUACUUCUUCCUUGUCCUAAUAACGACUCUGCAUGAACAACGCUCGCCAAAAUAGAUGACGUUUCUUCCUUGUCAUUUAAAGUGUAAGAUAUAGAUAUAGAGUAGUGGUGUUAGUGCUCUAAGCAGUAGCUUUAAAUUGUUCUCAAUUACAUUAACUGUUGUCUAUAGCUUAUUAAGGAUAAGAGCUGUAAUUUUAAGCAUCUAGAUUGAUCACAUUUUUUGGCACACAUGGUCAGACAUUAGAGCGAAGGGUGAGCUUAAUUUAGAGCCAGCUUCCUAAUGAUGAAUGUUUUAAUUGUCUUAUAAUAAUAAUGUCACACAAAAUACACUUUAUUUUUAUAGUUUAACAGCAGGAGGGUCUAUAUAUUGUUAUAAUUUGCCUUGGUGGUGUGAGCGAUACAUUUCAUAAACAUGCAUUUCAUUCCUCAGUGCAUUGCAUUUCUUAAUGAGUCUUCUGCUGAUGUUUUGCAUCAACAACACCUCAUGCCUUAAUGUACAGUGUAGUGUAUGGUAUUGAAUGUAAAGUAGUGUUACUGUGGGUGUUACUUUGUUCUCUUUGUUCAGUUACCAUGGUGCUCUCUAGGUUGUGUGUGUGUGUACCUGUAAAUGUACAUAAUCCAUAAUUUGGAUGUAAAAGGAAUCGAUGUACGAUCAAUUCGAUGGAUGUGCUUUACCUUGAACACUGCAGAGGGUUUAUGUCCUUUUUAAACACAAAACUGAUUAAACACUCUGACCAUGAAGGCCACGCUAGACUGACAUAAUGACCAACCUUUAAUUUGUGACAUUCACCAUAAAAUGUAUGCAGGGAUUUCCAAUCUGUUACAUUAUUUUAACGUUGCUUUAUGCUAAUGAUCUCCAACUCUGGAGUCUGCAUAAUUACAAACUGCUUGGACAGGGUGGUCAUUGGGAAUUAGAUUGUAACUCAAACAUGUAAAUAGCAAUUGUGUGAUGACUUGCAAUUCAAACUUUGGCAUAGCAAUUGAUACAAGCUAUUGCAUAGUUUAACAUAUAAUGUUUUUUUGUACUAUGCAUACUGACAUGACUUUGAAAUUACAAACUUGCACUGCUUUGUAGCACCAGGUUCUACUCAAAUUGCAUUAGAUGGUAUAGCAACUUCAUUAAUAGAUAUGUAGACAACAUCAGGUAAAAAAAAAUUUGAUCGUAAAUUACAAAGAAGUUGUCACUGGGGUCCUUUUCCAUGUUUGGGUGCUAAUUUCACCGCUGCAAAGAAGCACAAACCAAAGGGAGCUUUAGCAGCACCAGGAAUAUAUUAAAUAUGCUGCACAAUCACUACUGCAUAGUUUAAGAGGCCUUGUUCAGAAAUGGUUAAAAUAUUAAAUUAAAAAAACAUACAAUAAAUCAAAAGAAAAAAACUUGAAUGUUUUCUCAGUGUUCAAAGCCUGGAUGACGUUUUCCUUAGUCGUCAGGUAUCUUUGUUCUCAGAGCUGUUUUUAUUGUUUAGGAGCUGUAAAUCUCAGAUUCUGUAGCAUGUGUUCUUGAAAAUGUGUAAAUUAUAUUUACUAAAUA